AUGCAACCCAAUCAUGUUGACUCACAGAAGGCUCACCCAACCUCAGGCAUUGCCGCUUCAGGCCCGGCGUCCAUAGACCUCGACAUCGAAAGCGACUCCGAUCCUUCGGCCCCUGCCAACGGCCAUCGAGACUCAGUCGGUUCAAUUAUUGACGACCCCUUCUUCCAGACCUACGACCCCGCCGUUCAAGCGGCUGCAGUUUCCGAGGACGAGGACCAAUCUGAGGGAAGUUCGGUCUACCAAUCGCUAGAAGACGAGGACCACGAGCAUCUUUUUCACGACACAAAGGGGCACAACUUCGGCAAACCGGCAAAGCAAGCCAGGCGCAAAAGCGGCGGCGGAAAGAAAGUGAAGCCCGACAGCGAUGAUAACGAACCGAGCCAACACUGGCCGCCUCCACGACGAGAAUCUUUGACCGCUACACCCUCUUCGUACUGGUCCCAAUCAUCACCGACUAUGGAAAGUUUCAACAUUGCCGUCAUCGGUUCCACCGGCGUUGGCAAAUCAUCCUUUGUCCAGCGGGUCUUGGGCCUGUCUCGCCCACCUAUCUCGAAUGCUUCCAGCGUCCGCAUGCUGGUUGACAACAACUCUCACGCCGUAACUCUACUCGAGCUGGACCUGGAGUAUUUCGAAUUGAACCCUACGCAGCCCAUCCAGUGGCCAAAACAGAUCAAUGGGCAUAUCGUCCCCCGCGUCGAUGCUGCUCUUAUAUUAUAUGAUGUCACGAAUCAUGAAUCCGUGCGUGAACUACCUCAGACUUUGGGUAUGAAAUCCAUCUAUUUGAAUGGUUGA